GUGCAAUUAACUCUUAAUAAAACACUAUGAAUUAGGCGGGACCCAGCAUUUCAUAACGGCGUCUUUGACGGAAACAAAAUGGCAAGGAAUUAAUGCAGAUACUAACAAUUUGAGGGGGUGUAUACUAAAUACACAAUACUUGAAGGGCACAAAUGUAUAUUAUCCUAUAAAUUAAUAACCCUGAAUUGUUUACCGUGGACUCUCAGUUUCUUAAUCAACAAUUCACACAGAUGAUUAUGGAGAAAAAAGGCCUCGAUUACAGAAAGAGAUUCCGAGAAAAAAGAAUUGCGGCGAACCGGCAAACGUCGCCGUCUUCUCCAGGUAAGAGGGGAUAGCGGUAUUCGAGAACUGUAUGCAACUUCAUCGCUAGACCACUUUGCUCUCAUCGACAUGGGUCUUCCUGAAGCUGCUGAUUUCGCUCGUAAUUUCGCUGUAAUGGUCAGGGUUCAAGGCCCCGAUCCAAAGGGUUUAAAAAUGAGAAAUCACGCAUUCCACCAUUACAAUUCUGGAAAAACAAUGCUCUCAGCUUCAGGAACGAUAUUUCCAGCUUCCAACUUUUGCAACCUGGAAUCUUCAGAUACUGUUUUGGUUCUGACAGCUGCAUCUGUGAUCGAACCAUUUCUAUUGCAACAAUAUCGGGAAAACCCAUCCAAGGACAAACCUCGUUUGGUACCGGGUGUGCAGAUCGAUAUACUAAUGGAGGACAAAUCUAUGAUGGAUGGCAACAUGGAGGCGUUACCUUGGCUUUCUGCCGAACUGCUAAAGAUGGUGAACAUUCCACAAUCAUCUGCUGCUGUUCAAUCACUAAUCGAAGCUUCUUGUGGUUCACUGGAAAAUAGUUGGGAAGUUGGUUGGUCUCUAGCCUCUCACAGCCGUGGUCCUCAGAAUGUUCUAGAAGGUUCUCGUGCACAGGUUCAACAAUCACCCUUCCUUGGCAACUGGUCCACAGUGAGGAUGGAGUCGAGCAAUCCAAAUCUUAUGGGCCAAUCAGCGACAAGAAUUGCCCUGCUAGCAAUUCCUUCCAAAUUUUCCUCGAAUUUUCCGAAGUUGCAAACAUCUAUUCCCAAGAGAGGGGAUCUUCUUUUGGCUAUGGGUUCUCCUUUUGGCAUAUUAUCACCUCUGCACUUCUUUAACAAUAUUUCGGUGGGGUCAGUUGGCAACACCUAUCCACCAAGUUCUUCCACAAGAUCUCUUUUGAUGGCUGAUAUUAGGUGUCUUCCAGGAAUGGAAGGUAGCCCAGUUUUCAGCGAACAUGCUCGAUUUAUUGGUCUUCUAACAAGACCACUUCGGCAAAAAGUUAGUGGUACUGAAGUUCAGAUGGUGAUUCCAUGGGAAGCCGUUGCAUCUGCAUGCAGUGACUUGUUGCAGGAUGAUCUCCAUUCGAAAAAAAUCGAUUAUAAUAAUGGAAACUUGAACACCGUAGGGAAUAUGUUAUCCAAGGAUAGAAUAUUACCCCAGCCCGUGUCUCCUAUUGAGGAUGCAAUGAAUUCGAUUUGUCUUAUUACCUCAGACGAUGGAUCAUGGGCGUCUGGUGUAUUGCUGAAUAAACAAGGCCUGGUUCUUACAAAUGCUCAUCUACUGGAGCCAUGGCGGUUUGGCAAAACAGCUGCUAAUGGUGACAGAAUCGAUAAACUAGCUGGCUACCAGCUCAUGUGUGGGCACACAAACCACAGAAACAUACGCGUGAGGUUAGAUUUUAUGGAUCCUUGGAUGUGGAGUGAUGCUAAGAUUGUGUAUAUUUCCAAGGGCCCCAUGGAUAUUGCUCUACUGCAGCUUGAGAUUGUUCCACAUCAGCUUUGCCCUAUCGUUGUUGACAUUGAUUGCCCUUCACCUGGAUCAAAAGCUUAUGUGAUCGGCCACGGGCUUUUUGGACCUCGUUGUGAUUUUCGUCCUUCUGCUUGCCUCGGAGUAAUAGCUAAAGUAAUUGAAGCAACUAGGUCUCCACAUAACUCAAGCGAACAAUUUCCUGCCAUGCUGGAAACAACCGCUGCUGUCCACCCUGGCAGUAGUGGCGGUGCUGUUGUCAAUUCAAACGGUCACAUGAUUGGUCUUGUCACAAGCAAUGCUAAGCAUGGUGGAGGAACGGUCAUACCACAUUUGAACUUCAGCAUCCCAUGUGCUGCUCUCGAACCGAUCUUGAAGUUCUCUAAAGAUAUGCAGGAUAUUACGAUUUUAGAAGAACUUGAAAAACCGAAUGAACACCUUUCUUCGGUAUGGGCAUUAAUGCCACCACUGUAUCCCAAGCCGGACCCUGUGCCUGAUAUUCAGAAAUUUCCAAUAGAAGAGAAUAUCAAAGGUACAACAAAGGGCUCUCGAUUUGCCAAAUUUAUAGCUGAUAGAAACGAGUUGCUGAACAAGACAGAUGAGCGUGGCAUGGCUAGAAGCAGCUUUACUAAUGACCUUAUUAUACCCAGUAAAUUGUGAUUUUAUUAAAGAAACAAAUCGCUGCUUCAGCAAAUGAAAGGUAUUGUUUAUGAAUAUAUUUUUAUAUGCUUCGUUACAAGGAUUAUAUACGCAAUACGAAAUAAACAGAGUUGCUGAUUUGAAGGCUGAUUUAUAUAGUUGUUUGUUGUACCCUUUAUUAUUAGACCGCUGGAGUUAGUGUUCGUAUAUGUCAAUGUUGAUCCUUUUUUUU